AUGUCCUCGAGACUUGUUGAGACCUUUGUAACCCUAUCAGUUCCAGAAUUGGUCAACGAACGAACGCCAAACCGGAACGGAGGCACUCUCAAUUCACCAACUUCCCCUACAUCUCCCGAGCGCUCACCCACACGGGGCCAGUUGCCGAAAAACCCCAUUGUCGAACAGGAUUACCAACCCAAGCAUUCACCCCAGCUCUCGACUUCGUCUUUGGACCUGCACGGAGAGACAAGUGGUGUUAAAGUCACACUUAAACGCGCCGGCUCUACCCGUAAAUCCAAUGGACCCACAGCAAAUGGAUCUGCCAGAACUCCCUCAAUUUCUUCUCCUAAAUCGAUCAACUUCCCUCGUACGCCAUCUCCGCCAUCAACACGAUCGGCGUCUCCCGCUCGUUCUGUUGCGGAGGAUCGACAAGCCACCAUCCCCUUUUUCAUUUCGUCAAUUCAUAGGCCUUCAACUAAUCCCUCUUGGACGGAUCUGGAUGCAAAUGGAGAUUUUGCCGACUGGGUUGAUCGUCAGCAGAACCGGGUCACUGUUGCUCUCUGGGGCCGAGUUGACGAAUGUUCUGCUUCAGCUUGGUCUAAUCUCAAAGGGAAAGACAAGGAUAUCGGCUCCGAUGAGACGAAUAAUGCUAAUUGGAAAGUGUUGGUCGAGUGGGAUGUACAAAUGGAUAGGCUGGAAAAGGUUGAAACAACUGUCCUUGAUCAUCUUGACAUUUUACCCUCCAACACUCUACUGUUUUCUCUCGCUCCGUCUGGCGAUUUGUAUUUUCUACCACCUAAUUCGCCUUCGCGUCCAUCUUCCCCAGCCGCCUAUGCUUCCGAUUCGGAGCUUGCUACUACAACUCUCAAAACCAAGCCACCUACACGAAGCGAGAUUCUUCAACACAGUCGUCGAGAAACGCGUAUGAAACAGAGCGCGACCUGGGCCGACGUGGUGAAAUUAGCCAACCUGUAUGCGGUAGUCAGAGACACCCAAACAUCGCUUGAUGAGGUGUUACGCAAUACAAAUGACCUGAUCGAGCAAGUGGGCCCAAAUGUGUUGACAAGGGAAAUCGGCGAGAGGGAAGAACACCUCAGGACUCUCAGACAAGAAGUUGCUACCGCUAAAAGGGGAUGUGCCGCAUCCUCUAAGGAGAUACAGAGUCGGAUUGAGCAGCUCCGGGCCCGGCGCGAGGCGUUGAGGGCUGCAACUGACAUUUAUGAUCAGGACGUUCAAGCCAAUGAUGAGAAGUCUGACGAAGUUAAUUCCGCCAGCGCCACUUAUCUCGCAAUACACAACGCCCUCGCGCCUCGCCGAACGACCCUGUGCCACACUCUCGACUUUAUAUUCCCUAUUGAACCCGACGCUGAGCGCGCUGCGGACCUGGUUUUCACUAUCCUGGAUGUCCCUCUUCCUGUGCCAGUUGCGCCAUCGGAUCCAGCUCCACCACUCAACAACGAGGAGGCGGUAUCCGCUGCCCUGGGUUACGCGGCGCACGUUGUGGCCUUGCUUAGGACUCCGUGCUGCGGACCUCAGGCACACCCUGCCGAACCUCAAAACCUAAUGCUUAUACUCACCCAUAAUUCUCAAUCAUCGCCACCUGAUACUGUCGAAGUUCCAAUCCUACCUCCCGCUCCCUCCGUAGAAGAUACCGCCGAAACUCCAAGAGCUUUAUCGCCGACUCCCACUGAGACCCCUCAGAAUCCAGCACCAAGUCGCAGUAGCUUUCUAUCACCUCUAACGGCCAUUCUACGAAGGUCUAGUCGACCCAAAGUUAUUGUGGAUACUAUUGAGCCGGCAGAAUCGUCGGAAGCACGCACGCCAACGGCACCAAAGACUCCAGAGACUGCACGUCCCGAAAACUCACCUAGUGCCUUGAGUGGUAGCAGCAAUUCCAGCACUGGCGAAGUUGAAUCAAACGGAGUUGAAGCCAAAGGUGAUUCACCUUCACAUGGUCUUGAGAAACUCGUCGAUAAAACACCGGUAGGAGAGCCUCCUGCAUCUCCAUUAUCACACACAAUUACCUAG